AUGGCAAUCUUUGAAAACUGUGUGUUCUUUAUUAAAGUGAAAUCCAUUCAGGAGAAGAGCAGGCUGAAAGCAUCCAUAAAAGAAAAUGGCAGAGUAGUUAAUUUUGUGCUUAAUCACAAGAGUACACAUGCUCGUGUGGAUACUGCUGAUGUCCUCAGCUGUCGUGAUCUAAAAAAUAUUUAGAAAUAUCAGCUCCCUGUUUUAUGUGCAGAUUUCAUUCGAAAAUCAGUUGAAAAGGGGAAGCUUUCACAGAUUGAUGCGUAUAAGGUUGAUAAAUCACAAGACGACACUUCUGACCGAAGGCCAGACAGGCAGGAUGUGGAAGACGUGUCAUCUGCUGAAAAUAAAAAUGCCACAAAGAAAAAUGAAAAUAACAAUUCCAACCUUACUGUUAUUGAAGACAGUGAGAGAAGAAUUGAGUCCAAACUGGGGACUCUUAGAUUUUACAAUGAAAAUGAUCAAAUACUCAUUUUUUCCCCCCAAGAUUUUGAAGUUGCAAAAUACAAUGUCCUUGAAAAAGUUAACUCCAAGGAAAGCAAAGAUCUUGUAGUUAUUGAAUUACAGUGUUCCCAAGAGCAUUACAAAUUUCCAUUUCGACUAUAUGCACACUUCAGUGCAUCAAAUGGAACAAAGAAUAAUAAACAAUUCGUAACUAAUACUGCUGAAGAAAUAAAGUACAAGACUUUUAUUGCAGACUUGAAGAGCCAGGAUUUCCUGCUCAGAGAAACUUUUCCACCAGAAGCAGAAUCUUUAGCUUCUACAAAAUUGCAAGAGUUACUUCUGGAAGAAGCCAUCCAUUCAAGUGCUGUAUGUCAGGAAGUUAGUGAUUUUGUGGAAUUGAUCUGGGCAGAAGCUAUUGGCCACUUGGAUAGUUUACUACUUGAAUCAGUAAACAACAUAAGCCUAAAUGAUGUGAGCAAAGCAGAAGGUAUUUUACUCCAAGUAAAGAAUGCACUGCAUGAGGGAGCUGGCGAGGUAGCACUACAAGAGAUGAUGAUGGAAUUCUAUCAAGUUGUACAUCACAAAACUGAAAUAGACUAUAAGGUUUCCAAAAAGCUGUUAUCUAGAAGACAUGACCUGUGUCAGGUAACUUUUCCAGGUUGCUAUGACUGUCCAGUGAGAAUUUUACAAGUGUGUAGGGUUGGCAGAAUAAGAAAAACAGCAGAAUUUCUGAGCAGUGUUGGAAACAUUUGAUCUUUAUUCCAUGCAUUGUUUGUGUGCAACUUCAUGGGAAUUCUUUCCAGAGGACUCCUAAUGCCAAAAGUGGCUGUUGAAGAUCAUGGCCUGGAAAGAACUGACAUUGGGAAUCUGGGCAGUGGCACUUACUUCAGUGAUUCUGUUAACGCCAGUAUUAAGUAUUCUUCACCCAGUGAAAUGGAUGGAACCCGGCUCCUGGCAGUUUGUGAUGUGGCACUUGGAUCCUGCUUAGAUUUGUAUGAACGAGAUUAUUCAUUAAAUAAUGCACCAUCAGGUUAUGACAGUGUGCAUGGAGUCCAUAAAACAGCAGACAUCUCUUCAGACUUUGAGGAUGAUGAAUUUGUUGUGUAUAAAACCUGCCAGGUUAAAAUUAGAUAUGUUGUUAAGUUUUGCCUCGCUGAAGAUCAAAUAAAACCAUUUCAGCCUGCAAUUGGGGUGGAACUGGAGCAAGAUAACAACGAGCCAGAGUCGCAAUGUCAUUUAUAGCAUGAGAGCUAUGCAUUACCAAAUGCAAAUCUUUCGAAUCCUGUAAAAACUGGUGUUCAGGACAGAUUGGGAAAUCCUGUCCCUCUGGAAGGUGUUUAUAUCAAGGCAAGGAUAACAGACUUUGUAGCACAGGAUGCAAUAAAAAAGGUUUGUGUUAAACAAGUAACCACAGAAAAAGUAAGUUUGGAUAUAUCUAUUGAGAUGCCAUCUAGUAUUGAACGCAUACAUAAUUGGACACAUAAACUUAAAGGUAAGAAAACAAACUGCAAGGCUGUAAUUAAGACUGUGGAGAACAGCUCCUUGGACGUUAGUGGCUUUGUUCUAGAUAUCUGGAUUUCUUCGGUCUACCUACCUCAAAUGUGGGUAGAGAAGCUUCCCAACAAAAUGAAGGAGGCUUGCAUGCUUGUAUUCCAACCAGAGUUUGAAACAGCAUUUGAAGAAGAGCAGCUGUCCAGUGAAAUUAUUAUUUUAUUAGAUUGCUCAAAUUCUGUGGCAGGUUCAGCUCUACACCAAGCAAAGCAGAUUGCUUUACGUGUUUUGGAACUGUUUUGUUUCAGACAGAGAGUGAAUGUAGUCAAAUUUGGCACCGAUUUCACAGGAUUUUCUUCUUUUUCAAUGAACAUCAUAAAUGAUUUAGCAUCACUGAAGGAGUUUAUUACAUCUGCUACUGCAACAUUGGGAAACACUGCUUUACGGAAGACCUUACGUUACCUUACAAAACAAACGAAAAUUAAAUAACAAAAUUAUGCAACUGUAACAUUACAUUGAAA